UAAUGGAAGAUAAAUACGGAAAAGAAACAGAUUAUAAAGCAAUAAUUUUUGAAACUGCGGGAGUAAAACGAGAAGAGUUAAUUAAACGCUAUUUGGCUAUGGAUAUUGGUGUGGUUACACCUGCAAUGGAUGGAAUGAACUUGGUAGCCAAAGAAAUGAUUGUUUGCAAUCCAAAUGCUUCCCUAAUUCUUUCCGAAGGAGCUGGGACACAUCACCAAUUUUUAGAAAAUAAAUUGGCAGACAAUUACCAUUUGGUUCAAGAUAUAACUAAGGUUGAAGCAUUCGCUCAAGUAAUGCAUGAAGCUGUUACUCAACCAAAAAAAGUUGCUGAACUUAGCGAAUACCUCAAAAAGAACGGCGUUGAAAAAUGGAGCAAUGAAUUUUUGUAUGGGAAAAAGUAAAGAAAAAUUCUUAUUAAAA